UGUCAGUGUGGGGGGGGGGGUCCAUAGCCUCCGUCAGUCAAAGGGCAAACACUGUGUCCGUCCGUCAGUCCGUCUCCCCAGCCUCAUCCACCGGGACCAGAGUCUCAGACCAACUCAGACCCAAGAAGAGUUUCUGACUUCUGGAGGAACAGAGAGCAGAUUUCAGUCCAGAGAACGGAGAGAAAGGUUCCAGGUUCACCGGGUUCACCAGGUCUCCCCAGCAGGAACUAAACAGUGGGAUUAAAACACACAGAGGAGCUGAGGAAUAAAUAUCUGUUUUCAUGGCAACGUGAUCGGCACUGAGGAUCUACCGCCGGUUCUACCGUCAGACUAUGACUGAAACAGUUGGAGCGCGGUCGUCGACCACCACCACCACCAUCAUGGUCAUCGACCGGAACGUAGACGCCGGGGCGGCGUCGGGGCGAGGGCCCAAGAAGACGUUUACAGAAGACCUCCACUCGACCUUCAGCUCCCCGCUGGCCUGGAUCCUGGUUCUGGCUCUACUCAUCACAUGGUCUUGUGUUUUUGUCAUCAUGUUUGACCUGAUGGACUACAGGACCGUUUCAGGUCGCCCACCUCCUGUCGUCAGGAAGGUUUUAAAGGAUUCAGGCCGUAGAGGAGGCCUCAGCAGGAUCGGCUCGGACCCCAUGAAGGCGGUGAACGACGCCGUGGAGGAAUCCACCAACGUCAUCAGCGUGAUGUUGAAAUUUGUUUCCAACCUGGUCGCUCCUGCAGAAGACGAAGGAAAUCUAUACGCAGUGAGAAAAAAAGGAGAAUUUCUACCCUCUCGAAGUAAAGUCAUAGGGAUGCAGGCUCAGACCAAACAACCAGUGAUUGAAGUGGUGGAGGAGGAAGAGGAAGAGGAGGAGGAGGUGGGAGAGGAAGAGGGAGACAAAGUGGAGGCUGCUGGAGAGGAGGAGGAGGAGGAGGAGGAGGAGGAGGAGCAGGAGCAGGAGCAGGAGGAGGAGUACGCAGAUGAGGAGGAAGAGGAGGAGGAUGACGAGGAGGAGGACGACGAGGAGGAGUAUGAAGAGGAUUAUGAAGAGGAGUAUGAUGAGGAGUAUAAACAAUAUUAUGAGGAGGAAGCUGAAGAGGAGGAUGAGGAGGAGGAGGAAGGAGUGGAGGAGGACGAGGAGGAGGAAGAAGAGGAGGAGGAGGAGGAGGAGGAGGAAGGAGUGGACGAGGAGGAAGAGGAAGAGGAGGAGGAGGAAGAAGAGGUGGGGGCAGAACUUGAGGACGAGGAGGAAGAGGAAGAGGAGGAGGAGGAAGAAGAGGUGGGGGCAGAACUUGAGGACGAGGAGGAAGAGGAAGAGGAGGAGGAGGAAGAAGAGGAAGAAGAGGAAGCAGCAGAAGGAGUUGAAGAAGAGGAGGAGGAGGAGGAGGGAGGUGAAGCAGCUGCUGAUGAAGAGGAUGAUGAGGUGAAGGAAGCGGAGGAGGAGGAAGAGGAGGUGGAGCGAGAUGAGGAUGAAGACGAGGAAGAUGAGAAGGAACCUGAAGCAGCUGCAGCUGAGAUUGAAGAAGAUGAUGAUGAUGAAGAUGACAUGAAAGAGGCUGACAAAGAUGAUGAAGAGGUGCCUGAACCUGCAGCUGCUGAGGAUGAUGAAGAUGAUGAAGAUGUUGAAGAGGUGCCUGAACCUGCAGCUGCUGAGGAUGAUGAAGAUGAUGAAGAUGUUGAAGAGGUGCCUGAACCUGCAGCUGCUGAGGAUGAUGAAGAUGAUGAAGAUGAUGAAGAAGAGUCUCCUGAACCUACCCCCCCGUCUGAGGAUGAAGAGUCUGGCGCUCCCGUUGACGUCAGAGACGGUGACGAAGACGUAGUCCUGCCUGACGAAGAUGAUGAAAAAGACGAAGACGACUCCAGUGACGAUGCCUUCACUGACACCUCAGACGUCAGUGAAUCUGCACUUCUCUCCAGUGAGGAGGAGGAGGAAGAGGACGACGAUGAAGACGAUGAAGACGACAGAUUAGCGGAGGGCGUCCCGACGUCUGACAGCGAUGAUGUCAUCGCAGGAGACAGCGAUGAAGACCUGGAGCUCGAUCUUCCUCCUGUUCCUGCUGCCAUUGAGGAUGAGGAAGAUGAGGAAGAUCAUAAACCUGCUGAAGAGGAAGAUCUUCCUCCUCUACCUGUUUUUGAGGAAGACGAUGAUGAAGAGCUGGACCAAUCAGACGAGGACGUCUCCGUCGCCUCUUCUGAGCACUUUGCAGACGAUGAAGAUGAUGACGAAGACAGCGACCUCAAAGACGAAGACCUGGACUUUGACCUUGACAAAGACGUCCACGUUGACGUCGACGUCGACGGUGACAGACCUGAUGAUGUCACUGAAGAAGACGAUGAUGAAGAGGAGGAGGAAGAGGAAGUGGACGUCCCUCCCUUUGAGAGCACAGACAGCGGAGUCUUAGGCGAUGAAGAUGAUGACGACAUUGAUCCUACAACUGAUGAAGAGACUGUCUUCAGUGAUGACAUCAUCUAUGACACAAGCGACGACGAUGACGAUAAGGAUGAUGAAGAUAUCGAUAGCAGCUCGUUUGAGUUCACCUUCGAUCAAGACGAUGAAGAUGAAGAUGAAGAUGUCCCAUCGGAGUCCUUAGCUAGGGAGGACGAAGAAGACGAUGAUGAUGAUGAUGACAUCCUGCUAGCAGCUGCCACUGCAGCGUUCACUGUCCAGGAGGAGGCGGUAAAGACUGAGGCAGACGAGGAAGAGGAGGAGGAUGAGGAGGAUGAUGAGGAAGAGGAAGAGGAUGCGGAAGACGUCAAACAGGCUGCUGAUGAAGACAAGCCUGAGGAUGCUGAAGCAGAAACAGUUGCCUCAGUCACCACUCAGCCUGCUGCUGCUGAGGAGGACGAUGAUGAUGAUGAUGAUGAUGAGGGGGAGGACGAAGAGCCGACAGCUGGACUAAAGAAAACAGUAGACGAGCCUGAAGACAGAGAAAAGGAGGAGGACGAUGAAGACGACGAUGAGGAGAAGGCCAUGGUGGAUGUGAUCAAACCUGUACCUGAACCUGAGGAGGAAGAAGCACCAAAGACUGAACCCACAGUGUGUCCUUGUAUGACCUCUGCAAAGGUCAAAGAGACCGCCACCAAGACAGCAGACAGAAAAGAUGCUGUUAGAAGAGUUUCAGCUGUGAGGAGGAGAAAAGAGCGUGAAGCUGUGAAGACCGAUGAAAAGCCAAAACGGAAAGCUCUGCCCAGAAUUGCAGCUCUGGAGCCAAAAAUCCGGCGGAUCAAGAGACUUCCUGCUCUCCUCAGAGCCAAGAGAGUGGAAAAGAGUCCCACCAAGACGGACAGGAAAGAGACAGAGACGAAGAAACAAGAGGAGGUCCCAGAAUCGGGACAUGAAGUUGGUCCAUGCCGUCCUGCUCCAGUCUACUGCCCGUCCCCACCUGGCUGGUACGUUCAUCACGUGGUCACAGACAACCCGUACCCUCCUCCGACCAUGUCAGCUCCGUCUGCUCCGGUUCUGACUGCUCACCCGGUCCAUCCCGGAGCUCCACCGCUGCAGCCUCUUUAUCAGCAGCCGCUCUACGCCCAGUACCAACCGUAUCAACCCAUGCAGCCAGUGAUGCAGCCCCAAGCAGAACCAGUACAGCCAGUACAGCCAGAGGCCACAGAGCGAGAGGCUCCAGUCCAGCCUGAGAUCCAGAGUCCAGCUGCUGAAGCUCAGCCGGCUGGAGCUCCGGUCCACGAACCAGAGACUGUUGAGGAGGAAGUGAAGGCUACCUCCACCAAGAAAGCAGCAAAGAAGAAAAGCAAGGCUGCUGAAACAGAAAAAGAGACAGCAGCAGCAGCCAGACAGACAACAAAGAAAGACGCUGCAGCUGCCAAAGACAAAACCAAAGCUGCUGCUGCAAAGAAAGAACCAACAGCAAGAAAAGAGAAAACCAAACCUACUGCAGCUGCUAAGAAAGAGAAAACUGUAAAAGAGAAAACCAAACCUGCUGUAGCUGCUAAGAAAGAGAAAGCUGUAAAAGAGAAAACCAAAAGUCCUGCAGUGGCUGCUAAGAAAGAGAAAACCAAACCUGCUGCAGCUGCUAAGAAAGAGAAAGCCGUUAAAGAGAAAACCAAACCUGCUGCAGCUGCUAAGAAAGAACCAGCCGUUAAAGAGAAAACCAAACCUGCUGCAGCUGCUAAGAAAGACGCUGCAGCAGCGCCACACAAGAGGAGAUCAGCAGAAUCGGGGGUAGGGAGUAAAGUGAAGACUUCUAGAGCCCAGAAAGAACCAGAACCAGAACCAGAACCAGAACCACGUCCACAGCCCAUCAGACUGAGAUCCAGACUGGAAGCUGUGAGGAGGACAAACGUCACCUCUGAGGCGAAGGAAGGGAAACCUGCCAGAGCUCCGUCUCAACCAGGCAAAGCUGAGAAGAAAUCUGUCAAAGAAGCUCAAGAUAAAGAGAAACAACCUUCACACGCCAAAGAGGCUCAGACUGACGACAACAUCACAGAGAAGAAGAAACCAGGCCAGAGAUACUUCCAGUGUAUCUACGUCCCCGGGAAAAAUGCACAGUACCCCCUACGACCUUUCACCCCGGCCAUGUCCCCCGCCAUGAUGUCCCCCGCGAUGAUGUCCCCCGCCCUGCGGUCCAUGAUGGAGCAGCAGCAGCAGCAGCAGCAGCAGCAGCAGCAGCGGGCGGCGAGGGCGUCGGGCCGAUAGGACGACAUGAACUCUGUCCUCACGUCUGACAGCACUGCGUCCCCUCUGUCCUCCAGCAGGGGGAGACCUCUUAAAUCUGAGGACGAACCACAGACAGAGAAGAGUGGACUCUACAGUAUACUACAGUAAACUACUA